AUGGUCGCGGAAACGAAAUUGUACGACUCCCUCAGCGUCAAGCCUGAGGCGUCGCAGGAUGAAAUCAAAAAGGCCUACCGCAAGGCGGCCCUCAAGUACCAUCCGGACAAGAACAAGGAUAACCCCCAAGCCUCUGAGAAAUUCAAAGAGGUUUCUCAAGCAUAUGAGGUUCUUUCCGAUCCCGAGAAACGAAAGGUCUACGAUCAGUUCGGCCUCGAGUACCUGCUGCGCGGGGGUCCCGCUCCCGGGCCCACCGGUGGUGCGGGCCCCGACGGCACCCCCUUCGGCGCCGGCGGCAUGCCCGGCGGGUUCUCGUUCGGAGGGAUGCCGGGUGGUGGUGGUGGUGGCGCUCGCACCUUCCACUUCUCGACGGGGCCGGGCGGCGGCGGCUCUGGCUUCCGGUUCAGCUCCGCCGACGACAUCUUCCGGAAUUUCGCCAAGGCCGGUGGUGGCAUGGGCGGCGGCGGCGGCAGCGGCGGCGGGUUCGACGACGAUGAUAUCUUCUCCAUGCUGAACGGUGGUCUCGGCGGAGGAGGUGGCGGUCCUCGCGCCCGGACCACUCGCGGUCCCGGUGGAUUCCCGCAGGCCAGUCGACGGGGGCCAACGCCCGAGCCCACGGUGGUGGAGAAGGAGCUGCCCCUGACGCUGGAAGAGCUGAUGCGCGGCACCACGAAGAAGGUGACGGUCAAGAGCCGGUCCUUUGACGCCAGCGGCAAGCGCACCGUGCAGGACGUGACCUUGGAGGCCAACAUCAAGCCCGGUUUGCGGACGGGCUCCAAGAUCAAGUACCGCGGAGUCGGGGACCAGGAAGAAGGCGGCCGUCAGGACGUCCAUCUCAUCGUGACAGAGAAAGAAAACCCCAACUUCAAGCGUCGCGGCGACGACCUCGUCACCACCGUCGAUCUCAGCCUCAAAGAAGCCCUCACCGGCUGGGACCGCAUCGUGCGCACUAUCGACGGCAAAUCCAUCCGGGUGUCGAAACCCGGCCCGACGCAGCCCGGCCAUGAGGAGCGAUACCCCAAUCUAGGCAUGACGAUAUCGAAGAAGCCCAGCGAGCGGGGGGAUCUGAUCGUUCGGGUGAACGUGAAGUUCCCCACGAGUCUGACUGCAUCGCAGAAGGAUAUCCUGAAGGAUGUUCUGACUUGA